GCAAUUAAAAACCGCAGCACUAAGCUUGCUUAAACGAGAGAGUUUAUCCUAACAGCGGUAGUCGACAACAGGGUAUAACAUCAUCUAUAAAGUGAUUAUAUGCAUGCCUCACGCAAACAAUUCGACACCUUUAAACACCCCAAGAAUGAACUUCUUAUGAGCCUCAACCCUAAAGGUCAAUUAUACCAACAUAUAAGCUAUCACAGCAAACUGUUAAGCUGUCACAGCAUAAACAUCGAGUAUUAACUCCGGCAAAUCAAGUGUCUGACGCGGGGCUGGCUAGACUUGUCACCAACCCCGACAGCCCAAAGGAGCUCUAUUUUUUACGUAGUUUAGGCGGUAGACAGACUCAAAGAAUAACUCGAAUACCGCACAUUACCCAUCAGACUCAACUCACAUCCAGCGCGAAAACAUCUGUCGUAUGUGCGAUCCAUAAAAGAGCUAACCUUGGAAGUGCUUCGGGCAGUGACCAUAAUUUCAAACCUUUGAACAUCAAACAGGUACUACACUUGUGUUAUUAAGUUAUUUCACAAUUGCGAGCGGUAAGUCACGACUCUAAAGUUCAAACUAAUUUGUAACCCUUACACCAGUGUGUAAAUUUGGUAAAUCAUGGAGACCCCUUAGAGAAAAGGAUGACCUGUCUUCAGAAGGGACGGAUUCAUAAGGAAAACAUAUCGGAAGUUGGUCCCUUGACACUCCGCCAGCUUGCUGUAGGCUGCAUCAUCGUCUUCUUGGUUUCCAACGCAGCAGCUGAGACCGUGUGUUACGAUGUAUACGGUUGCUUCAGCAAUGACCACCCCUUUAACCGCAAAUAUGUUCCUCUACCCGAGUCUCCCGCGUCCAUACACACGCAGUUCAUGCUUUACACGCGCGAGUCCCCAGUACAGUACCAGCAGCUAUACGAAGACAUGGAUAUUACGCGAGACACGCACUUCAACGCGUCCCGACGCACCGUUAUCAUCAUUCACGGAUUUGCGGGAUUCACGACGCUAACAAGCAUCCGCCAUGAGGUUAACUGGUGGGGCUUCCCAAUGAAAAACGAACUACUAUGGGAAGGUGACUUCAACGUGAUAAUCGUCGACUGGAUGCGGGGGGCCUGGUUCCCAUUCACGCGCGCCGUCGCCAAUACGAGGCUGGUGGGUGCCCAAACCGCACGCCUACUGCAAAUCCUUGAGGAAAGGUCUGGGCGGAAGCUAGCGUAUGUUCACGUGAUUGGGUUCAGUUUCGGGGCCCACGUGGCAGGGUACGUAGGCAGAAGGAUGAAGAAGCGUGGCCGUAUGAUAGAUCGCAUUACAGCGCUGGACCCCGCCGCUAUGUGGUUCCACAAACACCACGAGGACGUGAGACUGGACACGAGUGACGCACUGUUCGUUGACGUCAUCCAUACUAGCGCGGAUUACGGUAUCACCAGCACCAUAGGCCACGCGGAUUUCUAUCCGAAUGGCGGGAAAAAGCAGCCAGGAUGUGACAACUUUUUCAGAGGUUUCUCCAGCUAUUUGUUCUGUGGCCACAAAAGAGCGCCAGCUUUGUUCACCACUUCCUUAUACACAAAAACCCCUCUCUACUCGUACCCAUGUCGCAGCGAAGACGACUUUAACAGCGGUAACUGUCUUAAGUGUGAUGGGAAAUGUCCCACGAUGGGAUUCAGGUUAGACACCAAGAAUAACACCCUGUCAGGGAGCUUUUACUUCAGGACGACUGACACCGCGCCAUAUCGCCAGUACCAUUAUCAGAUUUCAUUGCGCAUGAUUAACUCGUGGUACGCCGGUCUGUAUGGCCCGGUGUUCAUUCAGCUCAAGGGAACAAGAGGAAUAUCUGAUGUAACCAAGGAGAUGAAGUAUCUCCCAGGAUGCACCGAGAAGACAUACCUGCUGACCACGCCACGUGAUCUUGGCAAACUCACUAAGCUGACCGUGUGGCAUCAUGGGGUAUUUCAGUCGUGGGGACUGGACAGAGUUGUCGUCAAGGCGGCUUGGAGUAAUGAAAGGUACGCUGCAUUUGUGAAUGAAUGGCUUCGUUACGGAAAAAGAGUCCACAAAAAGCUCCGCCCAUGGAGCGCGUACCAAGCUAGGAGGACAAGGCUUAAACUGCGACUCCGGCGAAUGGUGUUAUAAUUGAGUGUGCGCACAGGGAUUCGUGAGAUUAAGUUUUCUCCAGAAAGAAUAACCAAAACACAAAGUUGAAGAGUUAACAUGGAAGCAACUGCAAUAUUAUUUAGCUACCAAGUCAAACUUUUUCAAACUUCAAAUCAAAGAACUUUUAUAAUGUAUAUUAUCUGUAUUCGUCAUUUACUACCAAGUCUGGCAAACCGAACACGUAAGCAGGAAUGGGCGAAGCGGUGAGGAAGCAAUUAUUCUAUACUGUAUAUUUCUCGAGGUGCCAUCCCUCCUCUAGUCUCCUGAUAGCCUGGGUGCUUUAUGGACGUCUAGAUCUGAUUAUUGGACCUCAUUAUAGCGGGAUACUAGGCAAAUCAUAACGAGUAAGCUAAUGUAUCAUUCAAGUCAAAUGAAGGACUGUAAGAGUCAGAGAAACUUUGCAUGAGAAGGGAUAAAGCGACAACGAGGGAAGGGGCGAUGGUAGACUAUACAAUUUCCCAGACCUCCCAGGCCAGGCGGGAAGCCAGUAUUUUCCACGGAUGGGGGGGAGGAGGGGGGGGAGGGGGAUGGGGUAGGAGGGAACGCACAAGUCAUAUACAUCGCAUAUCAUACGGAAAAAAAAAAUAUUUGACGACCCUUUAAUAAGAAAAGGCCCCCCUCUUUUUUGAUCGAACGGAGGAUAUGACCUAGAGAUUAACUCUCCUACGAGCGAGAGUAAACCAAACCUCACUGAAACCUCUUUUAUUUAUAACCUUACUACCAUUGUAUUUAUAAAAUCCUAGAACAAGCCAAUGGUUGUGUACAUGCUGUUAAAAAAUAUCAAGUUAACAGAAACUCCUUUGUCGAUUUUAUUUAGCGUAACUGGGGUACUGUUCAAGAGUCUUGUAUUCCUGAGUUGCAAUAUUGGCGAGGAAGAGGAUGUGAACGUUGCACAGUAGACAUGCGAAGGAAGAAUUAUCCAGUAGCCUAGCCAAACGUCUUGUCUUGGUGAAUUUUUCUGCUAUUUCAUUCUUCACCUAUCAUUAGCUACUUUUAAGCUACUAUUUAAAAAUACAAAAAUCAGGAAAAAAAGACCGCUGUUCUUUCAAAUUUUAAAUACUACUUAUUAGCCGAGGGCGAGAUUAAUAAUUUAUUUAUUAUAUGGCUUUUUAAAAUAAUAUUUGGAAAACUUAUGCUGCUGAAGUGGAAGAAGGAACCCUUUCUGGAUUGUGUAGUUCAAGAAAAUAUCCAUACCAUAUCCAUAUUGAGGGGGUCGAGGUAUGACCCCCACCCCUCUGGAAUUUCCAAACCCCUGGAAAAAAUAAAUACAGUAACUGUUAAGGAAAAAGGGCAUUUUACAAGCCAUGAGUGCUCAACUCAAAAGCUCGAAAUAACGAGUCGAUUUUUGAAAUGAACCAUCGAAAAUUGCUUUUUAUGCCGACCUUUACAUGAAAACAUCAUUUCUUUUAUGUUUCAUUUAGAUUAUUUGUUUUUCACGGAAAAUCUUAUUCUCGAUUUUUCAAACUCCCUGUGACAAUUUCCCGCCAUAAUAAUUGCAACGCGCGCGACAAUUUCAAGUUUGCUGAAAUUUUAUUUGCGAUUUUUAAAGGUAGCAAAUCGUCUCUUUUAUACGGGGAAUAAAGGCAAAUCACUCGAGGAAUUUACCUGCCAAUGUAUCUUCAUUCAAGAGAAGUAUUUUAGUGAAUAUAUCUUACUGUCUGUGGAGAAUUCUAGUGAUGAAGUAAAACAUCUCUCUACGAUC